GUGAAAAAAAAGGGUCAGGCUGGAUUUUUUCCGAGUUUCGUCUGGCCUGUUUCUCAUCCAUUUCUCCGCUUACAAAUAAGUAAACCUAUUGAAAGAGAGGGAGAAGGUGUUCGAUGUAACUGCAGGGCCCGCACGGUCAGGAUUCAGAAUUUCAUCGAGGAUGUUCAGGCGGAUGGGGCCCCAAGCCCUGUUUCUGAUUCUCCUCUUCAGGAUCCAUUCUGCACUUAAAGAUGUGUUCAGAGUUACUGGUCCUGAAGCCCCUGUCAUUGCCAUGCUUGGGGGGGUGGCAGUGUUGGAAUGCCAGCUAAUUCCGGAGAGACCCCCGAAUGGCAUGGAAUUACAGUGGGCCCGCAGUGAUUCAGAACGUCAUACCCCCAUCCACAGGUACAUCUUUGGGCAGGAUGUGGAGGAGCAGUUAACUGAUGCCUACAGAGGGAGGACUGAGUUCUAUAAGGAUGAAUUUAACCAGGGGAAUGUCUCCCUCAAACUGAAGGACGUGAGGCUGCAGGAUGAAGGCAGCUAUCUGUGUAUGGUCGAGCAUGAGAACAUCAUCCAGCAAACAUCCAUUAACCUGCAAGUGGCCAGCUUUGGCAACCGCCCUGCGAUACGAUUGGACGGCUACCGCGCGGACAGAAUCGGGCUCCAAUGUGAUUCGUCCAGCUGGUACCCUGCCCCCGCGUUGUAUUGGGCAGACGAGAACGGCAAGGACGUGACGGGCGAAGCCACGACCAAGCCAGUGCCGAGCACGGGGGGUCUCUACAGCAUCUCGAGCACCAUUGAGGUAACGGGCGGCUCUGCCAGCAGCAACUUUAAGUGCCUGGUGAACAGCAACAUCUUGAAACAUUCGCAGGAGAGCAGCCUCCGGAUCCCAGAUGAAUUCUUCCCCAGGAUGUCGAAAUUCUUCACCGUUUUCAUCCUGUUUCUCAUCGUGCUCCUGGGAUUAAUGGCUGGAGCAGGGUACUACCAGUUCAGAAAGUGGACAGAUAUGAAAGAGUUACGCAGUCGGCCAGCGCUUGAAAAAUUCAAAUCUGUAAUGGAGCAACAAGAGGUGCUCAAGGGCAAUGUUGAUAAUGCUGAAGCUAAUUUACUUCGCGAGAAGAUGCUAUCUAAAAUAGCUGCCGAGCGGGUCAUCACUGCUGCAGUUCCUGUGACCUUCGACCCCGAGACGGCCAACCCCUAUCUGACGGUCUUGGAGGACCGGCUGACCGUGAUUUUCAACGACGAUUGGCAGGAGCUUCCACAAACCACAAAGAGGUUCAACUCCCGUCUCUUUGUGAUGGCGGAGGAGGGGUACAAGACAGGGAGCCAGUACUGGGAGGUGCUGGUGGGCAACAAACCAGACUGGGAUCUGGGAGUGGUCAGGGAGUCCAUUCCCAGGGACGACUGGGUUACCCUGAGCCCGGAGAACGGAUACUGGACCAUUGGGAAGCGUGGCGAUUCCUACGAGGCCAAUAUCACUUCUCCUGAAUCCAUCUUGUGCAAUUCAAGUGUUCAAAGGAUUGGUAUCUACCUGAACUGUGAGGAUGGGGUGGUUCGGUUCUAUAAUGCCGAUGACAUGGUGCUAAUCUACAACUUCAGCGCUACAUUCACCGAGGAAAUCUACCCAUUCUUCAGCCCUUGGGGAUCCCGAGAGGUCAUGAAAAUCUGCCCUUUGUACUGCACAGGUGUUUUUCGGUUAGCACGGACGCGAUGGGCCGAGUGGUUUCCCUCUGUGCCCUACACUUCCUACGUGAUGAUAAAUGUUAAUGAAGAAACUGAAAGGCUCCUCCAUUACUCCCUGAAUUGGCAAUCCGAGGCUUUUCGGCGUUUGUUACGGGUAACUAUAAUGCCUUGUUUCCUGGGAAUGCUGAUGUUGGAUAUCCGGCUUUCUAAAAUAUCUUUCCUGCUCCAGAUUAUUCUUUGGACUUUUCAUGAUACGGCAGCAGAAUUCAUGGUGACAGCUCCGCCCGACCCUGUUGUUGCAGUUGUCGGGGGCGACGUGAUCCUGGACUGCCAGUUGGUGCCGGCCAGAGCCCCAGAGAACAUGGAAGUCCGCUGGAUCUACAUGGCCCUUAGCUACUCCUCACCUGUCAUCAUGUUCAAGGAUGGGACAGAGGACCUGACAUCCCAGGCGGCAGGCUACAGAGGCCGCACUGAGCUCUUCCUCAACGAAAUCGCACAUGGAAAUCUCUCCCUCAAGCUCAAAGAUGUCAGGGUCACCGACAAGGGCCAGUACAAGUGCUACGUAGCUUCCGGCAUCAAGCAGGACGAGAUCAAAGUAGCGCUGAAUGUGUCAGGCACGGGCAGGCAGCCCUGGAUCGAGAUGGAGGGCUACGCGAGCAAUGGCGUCAGGCUGGCCUGCAGGUCUGAAGGCUGGUUCCCAAACCCACCCGUCCAGUGGGUAGACGGGGACGGAGAGAACGUUACAGCCCAGCCAGAUACCAAGUACCGUCUGGACACUGAAGGGCUGAUGACAGUUGACAGCAUUAUUGAGGUCCCCAAGCACUCCAGGAACAAGUACACUUGCGUCAUUAACAACCAGAUCCUGAAGGAGACACAGGAGGCUCACAUCCAGAUUGCAGAUGCCUUCUUCCCCAGUACUUCAGGGUGGUUGGUGGCAUUCUGGAUCCUGUUUAUUCUGAUGGCUACAGCAGUCUGUGUCGUAGUUUGGCACAAUCGAAAAUUACAGCAAAAGACCCGAGCCUUGAUGAAAUCUGCAGGUUUACUUGAAAAUGAAAGACUGCGAAUUGACAUUGAGGCUGAGAAAGAAAAGGCAAACCGAAGGUAUCAAGCACUACAAGAGGAGAUAAAUAAAACGAAGGAAGCUGGGAAAGCAGAGUGUGAGAAACUUCAGCAGGACUUUGUAAAGGAGAAGAUCGUCAUUAAAGAAGAACAUGAGCAAUUCAAGAAAGAAGUUGAUAAAGAGAAGGCAUCAGCCACAGCAAAAUAUCAGAAGCUUUACACCGAGUGUGAGCAAUGGAAACCUCUUGUCCAGUCAGAAUGGAAGAGGAUACAGAGUAAUGCAGCUACUGUGACGUUGGAUGCCUGGACAGCCAAUGCGAGCCUGACUGUGUCUCCAGAUGGGCAGAGUGUGAAAGGCGGAGAGACAUUGAAUGUCCCUGACAACCCGGAGCGUUUCGACUCGGUCCCAUACGUGCUGGGUGCAGAAGGCUUCACGGGGGGCACACACUAUUGGGAGGUGAAGGUGGUGAACAAGGCCUACUGGGACGUGGGCGUCGCCAACGGGUCAGUCCAGCGGAAGGGCAUGCCCAACUUUUGCUCCGACGCGGGCUUCUGGACUAUUGGACGGGACGGCGAGCCAUACGGGAUAAGCGAUGCGAAACGCUCCACCAUCACCGUGACGACCAGGCCUCAAAAGAUCGGAGUGUUCCUGGAACUUGAGGCGGGAAGGGUGUCUUUUUACAAUGCUGAUAACAUGUACCAUCUCUACACUUUUAACGCUAACUUCUCAGACAAAAUCUACCCAUUCUUUUGGCCUGGCUGGGACGAUGCACCCUUAACUAUUUGCCCGGUAAAGAACUAGCCAACUGAUGCUUCAUUGAAGGUUAGCCUGGUCAAGAACUAGUCAACUGACCCAUUAAUUUGUCCAGUGACUAAUUAACAGAUUCUCUGGGGAGAUUUGUAUUUGUUUUAAAAUAUCUUCCAAAUGGUCUUGGCUUUCUGGGGACGGUAUUGACCCAAAGUCAGGCUGCAUGUUGUCUCGGAUGCUACGGUGUGGACGGCUGCUAAGAUAAGGAAGCAAGAGCGGCUCACGGGUCAGAUACUUUGAUGUUCUGUCAUUAGAGAGCUUGAAGCAGAAACGUCCACAGAAGAGCUCAUUCUACAAGGAUUUUUUUUUGGAUCAACUGAAGCAAAAUUUCAGGACAAAAGAACCUCCGUUACCUACACAAGCCAGGAAAAUCUCAUCAGCGCUUUGUCUCCUGGCGUAACUGUUGGAAAGUAAAUAGUUCCACAGGAAAAUAUUUGUACAAAUGCGCCACAGGUCAGAUUGACAAUGGUGCCUUUUGAUAACUUGAUAUUUUGUACUGUGAAGAAGAGAGAAACCUAACUGUGUAACGUUACCAAGCUCACUGGUAAUGAGGUUACAUGGAGCACUGGCCCUUUAACCUACAAGUGUUUAUCAUCCAGUUCUUUCCAGAUAAUGGGACAGGUUCCCUAUUUUAAUGGGAAUCCCAUUGUGCUGCACUCCAUACAUUUGGAUGAUUAAUUGCUGACUGUAAACCAGCAAAACUGUGAUUUUUCUCUAUCCAAGCUGCUCAUAAUUUUGAAUGCCUCUUUUAAAUAUUCCCUCAAUCUCCUCUGCUCUAUGCAGAACAAUCUUACUUCCUCAAAUCUCUCCAGAUAACUGAAGUCCCAAACGCCUAGUGCCAUUCUGGUAAAUCCCCUCUGCAAGAUCUGCAUAUUCUGUUUAAAGCGCAGUGCCCAGAAUUGGCUGUAACCCCCACCCCCCCCCCCCGCCCGGACUCCCACAACCUGACCCCCCGACCCCCUGACCCUGAUCCCUGAUCCCUGGACCCCCUGAUCCUGACCCCAACCCUGACCAGUAAUUUGUAAAGGUUUAGAAUAACUACCUUGCCUUUGUGUCCUCGAUGCCUUUAUUUACAAAACCCGAGGAUUUCCAUUUGUGUUUUUAAACAGUCUUCUAAACUUGUCAUACUUCCUUCAAAAAUUUGUGUACGCAAACCCUCUGUUACUCAACCCCAUUGUACCACUCUGCCAAGUACCUUGCUGACAGCCAAUGAAGUGAUCUCCAAUCAUUUUAUUGCCUCAAAAACUGUUCCCAAGCAUGUUACCAUAGAGAAAUAUGAGUUGUUGGUGUGGUUCAUAUUGCCCGGUUCAUCUUCGAAGAUACAUUUACCCUAAACCCCCAUCACAGUACAUUGGUUACAAUCUAUUACAGGUCGAGUAUCCAUUAUCCAAAAUCCUCGGGGCUGAUUGCAUUUCGGAUUUCAAAUAGUUUUAGUUUUCGGAUAUGGCAUAUAGACCUAGGCCUAGUUAGAUUACAUUGGCCGAAGCCCAGGCUAACUAUAGUCUAAAGUCAGUAAAAUGGUUAGAAAAGUAAAUUGUAUCACAAUAAUAAAUACAGGGCACCUGCAAUAAAUUCCUACUCAUGGUGCCACCUGCGAUUUUGCUUGUAGGAAAAGGGUUCGCAAGGUAAACAGUACAGACAAAAGUCACAAGUGUUGUAAGGUGGCCAAGUUGCCACUAUUGAUAAUAGAGUUGAACUGCAGACACUUCUUAAGUGGCAACAUUAUGUUUAUUCACAAUAUACUUGGCAGCAACUACACGUGUGCUUUCAACGCCAACUCCAUACUGACUGCGGAGGUAGCUCGCACUACUCUCCUACUGGUUACUGCAGAUUAUGAGAUCUUUCCCAACAAGAAUUAUUCUUUGAAGGUACAUUACACACUCAAAUACAACUACAAUUACUACAUUCUACAUUCCUCCCCCUUUAACUUGCCUAUAUAUUUUGUAUUUAUGUAUUUUUUAAGACAACAAAAUAUUGGUAAGGAAUUUACAAGUUCAGUCUUUCAGGUGGUUUCCUGGUAUGUGUGGAAAGUUGCAGCUCCUCAACUUCAGAUUCUUUGUCAGGAACCUUCUUUUCCGGAGUUGCUUGAACAUCAGAUGCUUUGGUGGACACUUGCAGUUCUGUAUCCUCAACCCUUACAGGAACUUCAGCCAUGUCAGUCCUGGGUUGAAUAUUCUCAACCGGAAAUGCUGACUUGGUCGUGAUCACUGGUGGAAACAAAUCUUGGUGAUUUGUCUCUCUCUUCCUUAAAUGUUCCACAUGUUUCCAGAUGAUCCAGCCUUCCACCUCCACAUGGUAAGACAGAUCCAGUUCCCGCAUUUAUUUCACCUGGUAACCAUUUUGAUCCUUCUCCGAAUAUUGUCUCUCCCAUGGUAAAUUUCCUUUCAUGACUCUGCCAGUCGUGUCUAGUUUUCUGGCUUCUCUGACUCCUUUCCACCUUCCCCUCUAAAUUCAGCAUUAUUAAGCUCAAUCUCAUCCGGAUACGGCGUGUCAACAAUAACUCGGCAUGUGUGACACCUGUUGUUGUUGUUGUGUAGUCCUAUAAUGAAAAAGAAAGCGUGCUAGCUUGGUUGCUAAGGAAUCGCCAGUUAGCUUUUUCAUGCCUACCUUGAACGUUUGAACCACCCUUUCAG